AUGCCUGCUGCCACCGCCGUCAAGGCUGUCACCGUGUCGGAUGACCCGCAGGUGUACGAAGACGCGCACGUCCACUCGGUGUACGACGAGAUCGCGCCCCACUUCUCGUCCACCCGUUACAAGCCGUGGCCCAUCAUAGCACAGUUCCUCUCGUCGUUGCCCGCCGGGCCAGGAAGCGUAUGGACUAUCGGACUCGACAGGAGUCGGAACCUGCUGGAGAUCGCACAGGGCGCGGGUGGCACGCGUCGGGAGUGGUAUGGGGGAAGUCCUCGAGAGACGUGGAGGGCAGGAGCAUUCGUUCUAGGACUACGCCAUUUCGAUCGCGACAUCCAUCACCUGUCCACUCCCGCAAGGCGCAAGUGGCAGUACAGCGCUGAUGAAUGCAUAUCGCCCUCUCAUGG